AUGCCCAGAUUCAGUGAGUGCCCUCCCACUGACUAUGACGUCCCCGGCCGGAACCUGGAUUAGCGGGGCGGGGAAGCCCGGCUGGGCCGCAGCCCGAGCUGUCUCCUACUUCGCCUCUUUUUCCUUUUUUCUCUCCUCCAUCUCCUCUUUACAGUCGCGCAGCCAUGAGUGACACUAGCUCGGUUAGCCGGCUGAGCUGGAACGGCAAUAGAGAUGACAGCUUCUUGGAUUAUAACCUCCUUACUUCAAUGACUGUGAGCUUCCUUCAAGAGCUGCCCAGUUACCGGUCCAUUGUUCGAAGAAGAACUUCUAUUAUUUCAAGGGAUAAAUCAGGAGGCACUUUGCUGAAGCCAGCCAGCUCUGAAAUUAGGAGCUAUUUGGAAACAGGAAAAUCAGAGAGGGAACACCUUGGGAGCCAGUCCAUCAGAAAAUAUGCAUUGAAUAUCUCUGAGAAGAGGAGACUAAGGGAAAUUCAGGAGGCCCAAGUCAAGUAUUUAUCUGAAUGGGAUCAGUGGAAACAGUACAGCACCAAGUCAUGGAAAAGAUUUAUUGAAGAAGCCAAGGAACUGGCUUCCCACUUGGAACUGUGGAAAAAUGACAUUCGCAGCAUAGAAGCAAAAUUUGGCACAGGAAUUCAGUCUUAUUUUUCCUUCCUUCGCUUCCUGGUGAUAUUGAACUCAGUGAUAUUUACUAUCAUUUUUUUGUUUAUUUUGCUCCCGAUCAUCCUUACCAAGUACAAGAUUACUGAAAGCACUUUUUUGAUUCUCCCUUCUAAUGAAAUAGAUAUGCGAUGUAAAGUAUACCCAGUGAAUAGCACCGGACUCAUUUACUUCUAUACCUAUAUGAUAGAUUUGCUCUCAGGCACUGGUUUCUUGGAGUGGACCAGCCUGUUUUAUGGCCAUUACACCGUAGAUGGGAUAAAAUUCAAAAAUUUCACUUAUGAUUUGCCCCUUGCCUAUUUGCUGACUACAGUGGUUUGUCUGGCAUUGAGUCUCCUCUGGAUAGUAAAAAGGUCUGUGGAAGGAUUCAAACAAAACUUGGUGCGAAGUGAAGAACAAUUUCAGAGCUACUGUAAUAAAAUCUUUGCUGGCUGGGACUUUUGUAUUACAGAUCAGUCAACUGCAAAGCUCAAGCACAGUAGUAUACAGUAUGAGCUUAAAACAGACUUGGAGGAAGAAAGAAUAAGGAAAAAAAUAGCAGAAAGGACUCCAGAGGAAACCUUACGGAUUUAUAGUCUCAGAAUGCUUUUGAAUGCUAUAGUUAUUACUGUCCUGGCAGCAUGUUUUUAUGCAAUCUAUGUAGCAACUGUAUUCUCCCAAGAACACAUGAAAAAGGAGAUUGACAAAAUGGUAUUUGGAGAGAACCUUUUGAUCCUCUAUCUUCCCUCCAUUGUAAUUACACUGGCCAACUUUAUCACUCCUCUUAUCUUCUCCAAGAUCAUUCACUAUGAAGACUAUUCACCAGCCUUUGAGAUCAGAUUGACUCUCCUUAGGUGUGUCUUCAUGCGAUUGUCCACUAUUUGUGUGCUUGUGUUAACCCUAGGAUCCAAGAUAACCUUCUGUGACAAUGAGGAGUGCCGAGUCUGUGGCUAUAACCACAAAAUCUAUCCAUGCUGGGAGAAUCAAUUUGGACAGGAAAUGUAUAAGCUAACAAUUUUUGACUUGAUCAUCAAUCUUGCCAUGACUGUAUUUGUUGAAUUUCCUAGAAAAUUAUUGGUGACCCACUGUUCUUCUUGGAAGUUGAUCAGGUACUGGGGUCAACAGGAAUUUGCCAUUCCAGAUAAUGUCCUGGGGAUCGUUUAUGCACAGACAAUCUGCUGGAUUGGAUCCUUUUUCUCUCCCCUUCUUCCCGCAAUUGCAACUGUGAAGUUCAUUAUCAUCUUUUACGUGAAAGAGAUAAGCCUGAUGCACACCUGUAGACCCUCUACAAGGCCUUUCAGAGCAUCAAAUUCUAAUUUUUUCUUCUUGUUGGUGCUGUUAAUCGGACUGACAUUGGCUUUCAUUCCACUGGGAAUCAGCAUGACACACAUUCCAUCUUCCAAGGCCUGUGGACCAUUCACAAAUUAUAACACGUCCUGGGAAGUUGUCCCUAAGACCAUAAGCACUUUUCCAAGUGCUUUGCAAACAUUCAUCAAUAGCAUCACUUCAGAAGCAUUUGCUGUGCCUUUCUUUAUUGUUAUCUGCCUCAUCAUGUUUUAUUUCAUUGCCCUGGCUGGAGCACACAAGCGAGUCGUGGUUCAACUCAGACAGCAGUUGGCAAUGGAAAGUCGAGACAAACGCUAUCUAAUUCGGAGACUUACAGAAGCUCAGGAAGAGAUGCGGAACCGACCAAGCUGAUUUUGAACACAAUUUCUGUGUCUUUCAGGCUGACUGAACUACUACACUGAACUUUCAAAACUCAUCUGUAGAAUUUUGUACAAAUAGUAAAUGUAUUUUUCUAGAGUUCAGGCAUUUUCUGCACUGUGAUGCUAUUGUUGCUGCUGUAGUUUUGGAUUUUAUUAUUGUUUACACAACCAAUUUGUAUUUGAGGAUUUUGUAAACUAUAAUACCACUUUGGACUGAGUCUCUGCUUAUAGAAUCUCAGUGACUGAAAAAUCUCUUAGUCUUAGACUAAGAUUUUGGAAGGGAAGAGGGAACGAAGAGAAGCUCAUCUUUUUUUUUUUUUUUAAGAUAGUUUGAGAAAUUUUGUUAAGUUAAAUUUGAAGGCCAUUAAUUAAUGAGACUGGACUAAUAUUAAUGAGCCAGAUUCCAAUAGCAUAAAAUGAACAACUCUUUCUAUGACAUUUUUUUAACAUGGGUUGCUUUGUAAAAUAAGAUAAUCUCCUAAAGUAUUAUGUUGUUAGAGUUAGUGUAUAGCUAACAUUAAACUUUUAAAUUUUAGUCUCAGUUUGGUAAGAUCAGAUAUAGAAAUGUUCAUCAUCUUCAUGAGCAAUCAAUAUUAGGCAUAUAAAGUUCCUGCCUGGCUUAAAAUUAUUUUUAAAUAUCGUAGAUAAGACCAGCCAUGCUUUCUGAACUUCUGUGGCAGUUAGAGGAGCCGAACAGAACAUUGUUUCAGGAAAAUAGGUGUCCUUUGAACUUUUACCUCCCUUUUAGGGCUGAUCUGUGAUUUCUGGGAAUACCUAUUACUUCCAAAAGUGGCAGAAGAAGAGUUUUUCUUGAUUCCUUAAGGUCUAUUUCCUUUUAUGUUUUGUAGAGGACAUUUCAAGCUUCGAAAUGUUUUUAGAAGAAUGUUUUAAGACUUUUUAUAUUCUUAUUUAGCUAUGAAUAAGUGCUUUAGCAUUAUGCUCACACAUUUUAAUUCAUGCUAAAACACUCUUACUCCAGAUUGCAAUAUAACCUAAAUCAGUUGCUCAGGACAUUUUGAGAUACAAAAGUUUUUAAAAUGCACUCAACUAGAUUUCUUAAGAUGAAGUUAGCUUCCUUAUAACACAUACAAACCCAUUUCAAAGUAUUAUUUGUCUGUUUAUAAUUUUUCUAUGCAUGUACAUUUAUUUAAUGAAAUGUAAUAGGAAAUAAUUUAUAACUCCUAUUGUAGUAAAAACAAGUAAUAGAUGCCUUGAAAAUGGCUAAUAUUUGGUAAUAAAAGGUUAUUUUUUAAGUUAUUCCAUGGUUUAUCAACUAAUAUAAUAUUAUCAAAUAGGAGUAUUAAGCCUAAAUCUUUUUAAUAUAUAUGUAAAUCUUAUUUUCAAAAAUGAUUUUGAUGAUAGUUUUUUUUUUUUAAACUGGUUUUCUUCACUUUUAAAUUCAAACACAUUUUAGGGAGCAGCCUGAAUUUCAGAGGCUCAUGAAAUUUUAUGGAAAUGAUUGCUGAUGCUGAGGAAUAUUGUUCAAGGAUAAUUUCUUCCUUUUAUAUAGGACUGAUCUCAUUUCUAGAAGCAUUUUCCUGUGUUAUGCCACAGAAUGCCUUCCCUUUCUAUGAGUUUAAUCUGUCUUCUAAUUCCACAAAGCUAGUUUAUAAUGAAAAGACUGAGUUGAGUUGCAACAGGGAUUUGCAACUUUUAUGAUGACCAUCAGAAGCAGAUAAUUUUCAGAGAGCAUCUUUCUUAAAACUUUCAGCCUUGUAUGUUCUUACUAAUAGAGACUGCUUUUGAGUGUGGAGAGGUUCAUUAUCUUCAUUGAAAAGAUGAAUUGUAAAACUUUCUGACCAAUGUCAACAUUAUUAAACCUAAUUCCUACAGUUCCUAACAAGUGUUUUGUUUUUUGCUCUUUAUUAAUGGAAACAAAGAAUUACUAUUACAUAUUUUUUCCACUCUUAAGAUAAACUGUUGGUAUAUUAUUAGCUGUAGUGAAAUGCUGACUUUUGAAUAUAUUACUUGGAACUUUUUUUUUGUCAAAUUCUAACUUCUGGUUAGAGCUGUAGGAUAAAUAGAAUAGUUCUCUGUUUAAUAUGUUUAAAACUAUUAAUUAAAACAAAAUAUUUAAAAUCUU